AGUCUCACCCUCUAUCAUCAUAAACUUAUCCCAUAUUUUCCGGUCAUUAUUGUCCGCCAAGUUUCUCAUCGUCGCCAUCAUGCCGGCAUCAACGUCGCCACCAUAAAAAGGCUACGUAUGCAAUUACUCAUUAUGUCGUCUCACCCUCCUGACCAAUAGCCUUGACGGGGAAGAUGCGGGGUCAUCGAAUGUCGAUACAUCUUUGUAUCGAUGUCUAGGCACGAAUACGAGGUUGAGAAGGCAAAUCAUCUUCUCUCGGGCACCGAUCCUUUGAGUUGGUGGCUAGAUCAAGUUUAACUGCUCGGCCAAAUAAGGAAUGGUAUAAGUACAUAAGCACGCAUAUGGAUUCAGCAUCAUUGGCUCAAGUGCACUCCAGAAGGAAGAGGUUAAUUUCAUUACUUUAGUGGGACGAGAGACUUGAUGUGAUUUUACGAUGAAGAUUUAUUAAGACAAAUAUCUCAAGGUUGUUCAUGUUUUAAGUAUUGUUAAAUGUACGAGGUUUCCGCUGUUGUUCAAAGCAUUUUAAUAUUCGUUACUUUUCAAGGGUAUUUUGGUAAAAGUAGCACCCUAUCGGG